AUUAUUUAAUUAACAUGUUCAUUUGAAUCUGUUGCUCAUAGGCUUUUCAAAUGAAAAUAAGUAACGAGCGUUAAAUAUAUCACUAUAUAUUACUAUCAAUGCAUGUUACUAAUGAAUUUUCUAAAAUAUAAUAGUUGAUAUACCUAAAGUAGCACAAAGGAAAAAUGACCCACAAAUACAAUCGAAUUCGCUAUUUACGUUUUCUAUAAUGUACUAUGAACGAAUAGACAGAAGCCUCCUUGAGGUUUAGGCAAGAUACAGUUGUAUAUUGAGUAAGCAGUGUGGAUAUCGUCUCACUAAUCGCCAUUUUCAAACUGCUGUUAUUAUACUAGAUAACGUUUUUUAUUCCUUCUAAUCAAAAAGCUAUUCAUCAGAAGAUUAAUUUGACACAAUAUUGAAUGUCUGCAGGUGUAUUAUAGGAAAAAAAAAAUCAUUUUCCCAAAGAAUUUAUUCGAAAAAAAACAUCAUGGUGGUUCAAACCUCAUCUUAUGAACAUCAUGAUGCAAUAGAGGAUUUCAAACGAGUUGCUAAUUCAUCUGACCCCUUAGAAUUUCUGGAAAUGGGUUUAACCUCCUCUACGGUGUCACCAGAGUGGAAGGAAGACUUCGAAAAGUACAAACUUAACGAUGGGUAAGAGUCCAUAAAGGCGUGCUGGCGAAGUACUGAGAUCUCUUUUCCGACAGCAAUUUUGAUGUUUCCACUAAAAAGUCUAAUUUAAUUUAUUCACUGCAGAUGAAAGUCUACAAGUGAUAAAUAUUCAUGAUUAAAUAAAUAAUGACAUCAUCCUCAAGAAAUAUGCACUGCAAUAUUGAUUCUAUAAUAAAUUGUAUGCAUAUAUAUACUCAAUCAACUUUUACAACAACGCUUCCCUUUUUAUUUCGAAAACGUGUAAAUAACAUUUUGAUUAAAAUGUUUAAUAGAUCAUGGUUACAAAUUGAAAAUGUAACUAAGGGAACUGGAACAAAUCUGAUGAAUUAUUCAUCAGGGCUAUUUAGUACCAAUAUCACUUUAGCGAAUUGUUACAGUCAUUUGUAUUUUAUAUUGAAGUGAAAAUACACAGUUCAAUUCUAUUUUAUUGAAAAAAUGACUAUU